UUUGCUAAGAUUCCCCCUCAACAUUUCCGGUGUCACAGCAGCUUCUCUAUAAACAAUCAACAUUCAAAAACCCCCCUAAAUCGAAAUUUCUGUAUAGUCAACAAUUCUGUUUUUUCGGUCCGCACAAUGACAACCAGUCCAAUCUUCGCCGAUGUUGCUGAAGGCGAGCUGCCCAAACUAGAGGCGAUAAUCAGUGCCCUGAAGUGCGAGCAGACGGGUCACAUCAUGGAGGCGAUCCUGCUCUACGAGGAGAGCAUCUUCAAGUUGUCCCAAAUGGCUGAGGCGGAGCCGAGUCGCCGCCAGCUGUGUGGGAAGUACCUGAAGAUGUACGAGGGGCGGGCCAAGCAGCUGAGGGACCAGGUCAAAGGUCACCUGCACUCCAGCCGCAUGCUGGAUCACAUCACCAUCGAGCAGGGAGCCAGGGGCAGGAGCUACCAGCGCUUGUUUGGCCCCUAUUUGGACGACGGUGUGAGGGAGGCCCAUCUCAACGAGCCUCACCUCACGGAGCCGCCUCACUUCAGGAACCUGCUCAACUUUCUGGAAGUGCUGGUCAAGAACUGUCGCUAUCUGAAGUACAUUCGCCUAACCACGAGACCAGACGCGGUGGCGCCCAAGAACCAGUUGCAGAUGCUGCAGCAAAUGAAGAACGACCUGGCCGGUGGCAACAUCCAGAUGAACUUCCAGAUGGACGAUAGCCUGCACGACCGCAAGAUUGUGCUCAGCUCGGGAGUGGUCAUCAAGAUUGGCCGAGGCCUCCACUACUUUGAGCCGGCGGAGGGAUCCUACAACCUGGGCCUGUGCGAUUUCGACUUUCGCAAGUGCCUGGCCACCGAGGUGGACAUCUGGAAGUGCCGGGCUUUUGCCAAGCGGCUCAAGGACUCGGAGGAGGACGAGUACCAGCCGUCGAAGGAGGAUCGACCGGAGGCCCAUGCCUACUCCAGCGAUUAGCAAGAGUGAGAGUGCGAUUUCCGCAUGGUCGCUUGAAAUUAGGUCAGCCGCCUUAUCACAGCAGUACUAGAAAUUAAUAAAAGCAGCAGGUUGUUAA